AUGGACAGCAAGGACACUAGAAUUGCAGCCAUGGCAACGAUGGAGAUCCACCGGCAAAUUCUCUCAGCGAAACCCACCUUAUUGCAGUGGAUCAACAGCAGCGAAACAAAAGCGGAUGCGAAGGCGAGCAUGAUGGACAAGGCUAGCGACCUGAAGAUAGACGAGUCUCGCCUGAGGAUGGACGUCGGAACAAGGGUAAGGGCGUUGCCAGUUAGAAAGGUAAUUUCGAGUGACUUUCCACAAAGGACCCCCAUUUGCUUCUCUGGCGUAGAAGUAGAAGCGACACUCUGUGUGGAUUCCCCCCAAGGGGAGGAGAAGAAGCUUCAGCAGAUCCCACAUUUCAUCGGGGAGAAGAAGCUUCAGCAAAUCCCACAUUUCAUCGGGAUGAACACCUUCGUCUCCGAGUUCGAUUCCGAAGGGGGAUCAUCCAGGGUUUACGCAUGCAUAACCUGUGACCGCCAAUUCCCUAAGCCAGGCUUCUGUUACUGUGACCGUAAGUUCAAGCUGAUCAUAGAUGGUAGAUUGGAGUUGGUCCCUGACCCAAUUACGUCAAAUCUUUCUGGUGGAGGCAUGAGGUCAAUGCACAAUCACAGCUCUAGUGGCGAGAUCAUUGGCUUUGCUCAUGAUGACAGUGAUGCUGAUAACGAGAUGGGAAGCAUGCACUCCCCGGACCACACACUCCAUCACCGUGCGCCGAUAGUGACAAUGUCCAAUGUGUCGGAUGAGCAGACUGACCUAUCCGAUUCUCCUCCAACUGCCAAGUCCUCUAGGCCGUUGCAGCUACUCUGGGAGCUUCAUGAAAAAGAAAAAGAAGACCGUCGUGAUCACGGUGAGCCGAGUUGGGUGCUCAAUGUGCCUUCUAAACACAGUGAUGUCAAGACUGGAGGCACGAACUCUUCAGGUCGUGUUCAUGGUGGGCCGGCACUAGCGCUCUGGGGAAAAUCCUCACCCCAGGGUUUUGCUAGGGAUAUCGAGAUGGAAAGCAUGCACUCCUCGGGUCAAGUUCAAGGUGAGCUGGCAUCGGUGCAUUCCUCCUCCUAUGAUUAUGCUCGUGAUACUGAGAUUGAAUCGGUGGACCCCCUUCCUCAUGAAGACACUUGGCAAAGAUCGGCCUGGCAAAGAUCGGCCGCCAUGAUAGAUCCGAUGUUCAGCGUGAUCGUUCAGGGUGCUGGUUCUCUCUGGCUUACCAAAAGAGCGACGGUUCUUCGCCAGCUAAGGACUUUCUGCUUUACGUCCUUGUGUUUGUUUAUGUGGUCGCGUUCUUAGCUGCUCUUGGAGACAAAUUCUCCUCCCGCUCCAUAAUGCGAGUGAUCGCAUUAAUGGCCGCCGCGCUGGCCUUUCUGAUGACCAUGACUUUAGUGGUCAUGUGAUCGGUACAUCCAAAUCGAUCUCUUCUUUUUCUUCUUCUUUUUGUUGUUUAAACGAUAAAUUCGUUGAUUGUACGAAUUUUCUUUUUUUUUUUUUUGGUAUAUAAUGUAAGUUUAGAGAAAUCCCAAGUCCUUUCUGUUUUGUGGAGGGAGAAAUGUCUCUCAAGUUCCGUAAGCUCCUCUUUUUUUCUUUUUUUGUUGGGAGAAAAUUCUGUAAAUUAAUCGCUCGUUGUCAAA